AUGUCGUCGCGUGGCAAGUACCGUGCUAAAACGUUGAACGAGAAACUGGAAAUUCUGCGGGUUCUGGAGGCAGGGAAACAGAGCAAGAACGAAAUCGCCAAGAGGUACGAUAUACCGGGAAGCAUGCUGUCAACAUACAACCAGAAUAAGAAGACGAUUGAGGACUCCUACGCGGCUGAAACUUUCGCCAAGGAUCUGAAAAGCCUUCGUACAGCUAAGCACCCGGACCUGAUGGUAGCAAUGCUCACAUUUAUCAAGGAAAAACGGAGCCAGGAUAUGCCAUUGAGUGGCCCCAUCAUUGUAGCGAAGGCGGCUAAUUUUGCACGUCUGAACGUCUCCGACUUUGCCGCUUCGGACGGAUGGUUUCACCACUUCAGGAACAGACGUGACCUCAUUUUCCUCAGUGUGUGCGGCGAAGCCAAAGCCGUAGACGCUGAAACCUGCACCGUGUGGCGGAAUGCUGCGCUACUAGACCACCUGAACAGGUACGCACCAUUCGAUAUUUUCAAUGCCGACGAGACUGCCUUGUUUAUUAAACUCUUACCGGACAAAACGAUCACGUACAACGGGGGCGUGUGCGCAGGCGGCAAGAGCAGCAAAGAGCGCGUGACGGUGUUGCUCGGAGCCAACAUGACUGGAACAGAGAAGAUCCCCCUAUUUGUGAUAGGGAAGUCACAGAAACUUCGAUGUUUCAGGAACAUCCGCACGCUGCCGGCCGACUAUGCUGCAAAUAAGAAGGCAAGGAUGACGGGCGAGCUUUUCAAGCAGUGGCUGAGGAAGCUCGACCAAAAAUUUGAGCUCGGCUAG